AUCCAGACUCCCUGUGGGGAGGUGAGGCUGCUAGUCCUGGAGGGAGAGUCCCAGGAGGAGGAGAGGGAGGAGCUGAGGGGGGCAGGGCUUUGGGAAGGGGUUGCUCCGAGGCCUCCAGGGAAUGGGGCCAGCAGCAGGGCUGGGCGCCCCUCGAGCGCUGAUACUCUGGGCCGCACUGGGGGCAGCAGCGCACAUUGGACCUGCACCUGACCCGGAGGACUGGUGGAGCUACAAGGAGAAUCUCCAGGGAAACUUCGUGCCAGGGCCCCCCUUCUGGGGCCUGGUGAACGCAGCCUGGAGUCUCUGCGCUGUGGGGAAGCGGCAGAGCCCUGUGGAUGUGGAACUCAAGAGGGUCCUCUUUGACCCCUUUCUGCCCCCGCUGAGGCUCAGCACGGGUGGAGAGAAGCUCCGGGGAACCCUAUACAACACUGGCCGCCACGUUUCCUUCCUGCCUGCACCGCGGCCCGUGGUCAACGUGUCUGGGGGACCCCUCCUUUAUAGCCACCGACUCAGUGAACUGCGGCUACUAUUUGGAGCACGUGAUGGAGCCGGCUCUGAACACCAGAUCAACCACCAGGGCUUCUCUGCUGAGGUGCAGCUCAUUCACUUCAAUCAGGAACUCUAUGGGAACCUCAGUGCUGCCUCCCGGGGCCCCAAUGGCCUGGCUAUUCUCAGCCUGUUUGUCAAUGUGGCUGGCACCUCCAACUCCUUCCUCAGCCGCCUCCUUAACCGUGACACCAUCACCCGCAUCUCCUACAAAAAUGAUGCCUACUUUCUUCAAGACCUGAGCCUGGAGCUUCUGUUCCCUGAAUCCUUCGGUUUCAUCACCUAUCAGGGCUCUCUCAGCACCCCGCCCUGCUCAGAGACCGUUACCUGGAUCCUCAUUGACCGGGCCCUCAAUAUCACCUCCCUCCAGAUGCACUCUCUGAGGCUCCUGAGCCAGAAUCCUCCGUCCCAGAUCUUCCAGAGCCUCAGCGGUAACGGCCGGCCCCUGCAGCCCUUGGUCCACAGGGCCUUGAGGGGCAACAGGGACCCCCGGCACCCCGAGAGGCGCUGCCGAGGCCCCAACUACCGCCUGCAUGACUAAUGUCUUCUCCCCGAUGGUGUGAUCUUCCUUACAGUGGAUGGUGCCCCACAAGGUCGCUGAGACUCCCUCCUGAAGACUGCGCCUGCCGUCCCAAGCCUUCCAUCAGGGAAGGGGAAUUACCCCCAAAACACUAAUAUUAAAGGGACAGAAUACUUCCUG